AUCACCCAUGGAGAUAUACGGCAGGUGGCGCUAAUACUCCACAGGAGUAAACAGGACGAAGAAGAAGAAGAAGACGACGUCAUCAGCGUCAUCAUGGAGGAGUAUGCCCGUGAACCUUGUCCAUGGAGGAUAGUUGAUGACUGUGGCGGAGCCUUUACCAUGGGUGCUAUUGGAGGGGGCGUGUUUCAGACUGUAAAAGGUUUUCGGAAUGCUCCUGUGGGUGUACGACAUAGGCUAAGAGGGAGUGUAAAUGCUGUGAGAGUAAGAGCACCACAAAUUGGAGGUAGUUUUGCUGUAUGGGGUGGGUUAUUUUCCACCAUAGACUGUGGUCUGGUGCGUUUGCGGGGUAAAGAAGACCCCUGGAACUCCAUCACCAGUGGAGCUAUGACUGGAGCUAUACUGGCUGCACGCAGUGGUCCACUGGCUAUGGUGGGCUCUGCAAUGAUGGGAGGAAUUCUUCUUGCUCUAAUUGAGGGUGUUGGGAUACUCCUUACUAGAUACACAGCACAACAGUUUCAAAACCCGAGUCCUAUUGCGGAGGACCCAAGUCAGCUUCCCCCAAAAGAAGGUGGCCAGGAAUCACGUGGUUUUGGACAGUAUCAGUAAAACAGUGGGGAUAGGUAAAGGGAUAGGUUACCCAAAAAUAAAUUGUCAUCAUUAACUCACCCUCAUGUUGUUACAAACCUGUAUAAUUUCUUUGUUUUGCUGAACACAAAAGAAGAUAUUUUGAGCAAUGUUUGUAACCAAAUCGAGCACCAUUGACUUCCAUAGUAGUAUUUUUCCUACUAUUGAAGUCGAUGGUGCUCUCUGCUUGAUUGCAAAUAUCUUCCUUUGUGUUCAGCAGAAAAAUCCAUUCAUACAGCAACAUGAGGUUUCAUUUUUGGGUGAACUAUCGCUUUAAGAAGUUCUGCAGCUUUUGCACAGUUUACACGACCCCCUUAAGAUAAGUGGGUUAGAAUCUAAAUCAUCCUGUAUUAGCUAUCACUCAGGGGCAAACCGUAAGUAAUUUGUAGUAUUUAACAAUUGUAAUAUACACUUUGGUAUUUUCUAAUGUUUCAAAGGGAAUAAAAAAGAUAAUAAGUUUGUUAUACCUACAAUAUUACAAUACUGUCAAUCUCCUGUUUAAAAGGCAAAUCUAUGAAUAAGUAAAAUGAUUCUACACUUGAGAAAAACACUUUUUAGUUGGUCACAUUACAUAAUCCAAGUCAAGCAGUUCAGUUUAAAGAUACAUUUUCAAUAAUUUAAUUAUUAAUAGUGUAAUGUAAUUGAGCAUUUUUACAUUGUAUUACUGUGUUAUAAAUGUGUAUAUAAUCCA